CCGGAUCAUGCGGGUUUCCCGGCGGUGUGUGUGAUCCGUGCGGGUCGGGUCGGGUCGGGUCGGGUCGUGAUGGCCUCGGAGGUGGUUUGUGGACUGGUCUUCAGACUGCUGCUGCCCGUCUGCCUCGCCGCAGCAUGUUUGUUCCGGUACAACUGGCUGUCCUUCGUCUACCUCAUCUACCUCUUACUCAUCCCGCUCUUCGCCGAGCCGACGAAGACCACGAUGAAGGGUCACACGGGGCGCUUGCUGAAGUCCCUGUGCUUCACCAGCAUGACGUUCCUGCUGCUGCACAUCAUCUACCAAAUCACAAUCAACAGCCUGUUAGCAGGAGACAACAUCCAGCCCAACUUCAACUGCUCUUCGUGGGAGAGAUCAAUACGACAGCUGGGCUUUGAGAGCGUCCGAGGAGCAGACGCCGGGAACGGCAUCCGAGUGUUCAUCCCAGACAUCGGCAUGUUCGUGGUGGGUCUGGUCACCUGGCUCCUGUGCCGCAGUCUGGAGAAACCUCCGCUGAAGGACGUGUCUCAGCACAACAGCGACUUUGAGCUCGACAAUCAGGAAAAAGAGGAUGAGGAGGAAGACAAGAAAAGUGAGAAACUGGAGCUCGAGGAUGAGCUGCUGUUCGAAGACUUCGAGCUGGGCGAUGAAGAAAACUGUGAACUUCCUGAGGAGGAGGAGGAAGAGGAGGAGGAAGCGGAGGGAGAGGAUGGAGAAGUGGAGGAGGCCGACGUCGAAGAGAGCACCAAAAUGAAGAUCCUGCGUCAAAUAGCAGACGUGGCGUCCAAACUCAAAGAAAUCGUUGGCAAUCUGAUUACCACUGCAGGAAAAGUAGUCGUAACCAUAUUAUUAGGCCUCACAGGUAUGAUGCUGCCCUCUCUGACCUCGGCGGUGUAUUUCUUCACCUUCCUGGGCCUGUGCAGCUGGUGGUCUUUCUGCCGGUCCUUCGACCCGCUCCUCUUCAGCUGUCUGUGUGUGCUGAUGGCCAUCUUCAGCGCCGGACACCUCGUCAUGCUCUACCUCUACCAGUUCCAGUUCUUCCAGGAGUCUGUUCCGCCCGGAAACAUCUACGCCAGUCUGUUCGGCAUCUCUCCUGUGGUUCGGACGGACUGCUCUCACACCUGGAUGUUCAGAGUCAAUCCUGAUCUGGAGUGGCACCACUUUGUCAAUCCCAUCAUGCUCUUGGUGCUGUAUUACACCUUGGCCACGCUCAUCCGUCUUUGGCUGCAGGAGACAGAAGACACGGUGAAGGAGGACCAGGAGAAGCCUGAGGAACCCGAGGAACCAGAAGCUCCUGAAAGCCCCAUCAAUGUUUACUCUGCAGAGAAGAAGAGACAGCUGUGGAGAAUGGCUCAUUACCGCACAGAUGAGAGACAUGUAGGACUGCUCGCCACACAGGAAGGCUACAGCACACCCGAGGUAUUGAUGGUGCGAUCGAACGGAGCCUCGCUGGACUUCACAUCAGUGCCUCAUGAGAACGGGCCGAAGUCUGUGGAGCUGUACUCAACCCCUCGUUACAGACCCGACCCGCCUGAGACUGAUCCGCAGAAAGUGGACUGCGGUGUUUACAAGAUUGACUCGGUGUAUGUUGAGCUCUCCGAGGUUCCCCAGCCGUUCGGAGUCGUCCGGGUGAACGCAGCGGUCAAGGCUUUCAGGUUCAUCAUGAAGCAGAGCUACAUCUGUGCCCUCAUCGCCAUGAUGGCGUGGAGCAUCACGUACGUGAGCUGGCUGACCUUCGUCUUCCUCAUCUGGUCCUGUAUUCUGUGGAUGGUGAGGGACCGCAGGAAGUACUCCAUGAUCACCUCUCCGUUCAUGGUGUUUUACGGGAACCUGCUCAUCGUGCUGCAGUACAUCUGGAGCUUCGAGUCGCUGCAGCCCGUUCCUGGACUCUUCCUGAAGAAAGACGUGCCCUUCCGGGAGCUGGGCUCUAAAACGUUGUGUCUCCUCAGCUUCUGGCUGCUGGUGAGGCAGUUUCUGACGGAGAGAAGAGAGAAGCAGACGGAUGAAGAGCAGCUCUCUGGUGUCAGAGUGGACGGACACACAGUCGAGGGUCAGCAGGACGAGUCCGGGGGUCACAGGGAGAUGAUGGACGUGUUGGGUCGUACAGUCAUGGCUAUGCUCAAUAAAUACUGGAUCUAUAUCUGCGGAGGAAUGUUCUUCUUCGUCAGCUUCGAGGGACGUAUCGUCAUGUAUAAGAUCAUUUACAUGAUGAUGUUUCUCUUUUGCGUGGCACUUUAUCAGUUGCACUAUGAGAGGUGGCGCUGGAUGCUGAAGUAUUUCUGGAUGUCCGUGGUGGUUUACACCAUGCUGGUGCUCAUCCUGGUCUACACCUUCCAGUUCGAGUCCUCCAUUAACGUGUGGUCCAACAUGACGGGCAUGAGCAGAGAGAAGCUGGAGGAUCUGGGUCUGGAGAAGUUCUCCGUUCCCGCUCUCUUCACGCGGAUCUUCAUCCCCACCUCGUUCCUGCUGGUCUGCAUCCUUCAUCUGCACUAUUUCCACGAGCGCUUCCUGGAGCUCACCGACAUCAAAUCUGUGGCAGACAAACAGAAGAGCACUAUCUCCAGGCUUGUUCAUCUGGAUGGGAGUCUGGUGGAUAUUUCCAUGGUCAAACCUUCAUUCAACUCCGUAAACGAGGAGGAGAUUGAGGAGAGAGCCCACCAGGAGAAAGAGGAGGAGGAUGUUAAACACUGGGAGGAAGAGAAGCUCUCUGAGCCACGCUUCACGUCUGAGAGCUUCAGCUGCUCCAUGUCUGCAGAUCCUGAGCCGGAGCAGGAGUCAGAGCUGAAGAGUAAGUGGCAUCUGGUGGUGGAGCGUCUGACCGUGCUGUUCCUGAAGUUCCUGGACUACGUUCAGAAGCUGCAGCUCUUGAUCUGGUGGCUGCUGGAGCUUCACAUCAUCAAGAUCGUCUCGUCCUACAUCAUCUGGGUCUCGGUCAGAGAGGUGACUCUGUUUAACUACGUGUUUCUGGUGAGCUGGGCCUUCGCUCUGCCCUUCGGUCAGUUCAGGCCUCUGGCGUCCAGCGUCUGCACCGUCUGGACCUGCGUCAUCAUCGUCUGUAAGAUGCUCUACCAGCUGACCUCCAUCAACCCCUCCUCCUACUCCAGGACCUGCAGCAUGCCGGGGAACUACACAGAGGCUCAGCGCUUGGACCUGUCCAGAUCUCUGCUCUACAGCGGCCCGCUGGAUCCGGCCAACUGGAUCGGCCUCAAGAAGUUCUCUCCGCUGCUGGAGAACCUGAGGAAUAACCUCCUGAUGCUGGCUCUCUUGGCGUUCGAGGUGACUAUUUACCGUCACCAGGAUUUCUACCGUAUGAAAAACAACCUGACCCCUCCGGUCACGAGAACCAUUUUUCACAACAUCACACGACAGCAUCUGGACGACGGCAUCGUCAACUGCGCCAAAUAUUUCAUCAACUACUUCUUCUACAAGUUUGGGCUUGAGACCUGUUUUCUGUUGGCGGUGAAUGUGAUCGGCCAGCGGAUGGAUUUCUACGCCAUGCUGCACGCGUUCGGUCUGAUUGCGGUGAUGUAUCAGCGAAGGAGGACCGCCGUCGCCCGCGUCUGGUCCAAGUACUGCUGCUUUCUGGCCUGCAUGCUAGCCGUCCAGUACCUGAUGUGCAUCGGCAUCCCUCCCGCCGCCUGCACAGACUAUCCUUGGAGACGGCCGUCCUCCAGCAUGGACUCAAACGUCAUCAAGUGGCUCUACUUCCCCGACUUCCACACCAAACCCAACUCCCUCUUCCUCCUCUAUGACUUCCUGCUGCUGCUGUGUGCGUCGCUGCAGGGCCGAGUGUUCGAGGAGGAGAGCGCGGCGGCCGUGAAGCUGCUGGCCGGUGAUAACGAGGAGAUCUGUCGAGAUCUGGACGCCGCCAGCUUCAGCCAGCACAACCCUGUGCCCGACUUCAUCCACUGCAGGUCGUAUCUGGACAUGCUGAAGGUGAUCAUGUUCAGCUAUCUCUUCUGGUUCGUCCUGACCAUCAUCUUCAUCACGGGCACCACGCGCAUCAGCAUCUUCUGCAUGGGAUACCUGGUGGCCUGCUUCUACUUCCUGAUUUUUGGGGGCGAGCUGCUACUGAAGCCGAUCAAGAGCAUCCUUCAUUACUGGGACUUCCUCAUAGCAUACAAUGUCUUCGUGAUCACCAUGAAAAACAUUCUCUCGAUCGCGGCGUGUGGAUAUAUCAAAGCACUGGUGGCCAAUCACUGCUGGCUGAUCCAGUUAUUCAGUCUGGCCUGCACUAUAAAAGGAUAUUCAAAGCCGGAGCAGAACGCUCAUAAACAGUGUGAGCUGCCGAGUGACGAGGCCGGGAUCAUCUGGGACAGCAUCUGCUUCGCUUUCCUGCUGCUUCAGAGGAGGGUCUUCAUGAGCUACUACUUCCUGCACGUCGUAGCAGACAUCCGCUCCUCUCAGGUCCUCGCCUCCAGAGGAGCCGAGUUGUUUCAGGCCACCAUUGUGAAGGCGGUUAAAGCCAGAAUAGAAGAAGAGAAGAAGUCCAUGGACCUGCUGAAGAGACAGAUGGACCGCAUCAAAAGCCGACAGCAGAAGUUUAAGAGAGGCAAAGAGAGGAUGCUGUCUCUGGUGCAGGACAGUGGAGAAAGCCACUCGGUAGUGGAGGAGGAUGAAGGAGACAACAGCAAAGAGAAGAAGAAGGACAAGAGGAAGCAGUGGUGGAAGCCUUGGGUCGAUCACGCGUCCAUGGUCCGAAGUGGCAACUAUUACUUAUUUGAGACUGAUAGUGAGGAAGAGGAGGAAGACGAGGACAAAAAGGAUGAGGAACCUCCCAAAAGAUCUGCGUUCCAGUUUGUAUACCACGCCUGGAUAACUGACUCAAAAACUGCCAUGAAAGAGAGAAGCAAGGAAAGACGGAGAUUCUGGCAAAGAUACACGGAGCGCAGCACGAACAAGAAGGACCAGAAGGAAGUGCAUGUUUCCAUUGAGGAAGGAGAUCAGGAGGAAGGUGUUACAGAAGAGGAGGUAUCUGAUGGUCCAGAUAACAUCCUGAAGCGGGUGUUUAACAUCGUGAAGUUCUCCUGGGUGCUGUUCCUGGCCCUGCUGGACAGUUUCACGGCCUGGCUCAACUCCAUCGGCCAGGAGCACAUCGAUAUCUCCACCGUCCUGCGCAUCGAGCGCUGCAUGCUCACUCACGAGGUCAAGAAGGGGAACGUUCCUUCACGGGACAGCAUCCACGUGUACUACCAGAGACAGAUGUGCAGGCCAGCGUCCGCCGGAUCCAGCCUGGACCGGACCGAGGACGAGUGCUCGGACUUCAGCCCCCUGCGGACCGACGGAGACCAGACCGAUCUCUCCAGAGAAAACCUGUCCAGUGUGUACACUGAAUCCACGCUGCUGUACGAGCCUGAAGAAAGCAGCGAGCUCGUUCUGAAAACCAGCCAGCGCUCUCGAGCCAGACUCUGCCGCCUGCCCAGUGUAGAUGUGCAGUCGUCUGCAGACAGCGCAGCCUCCAGCGAGCUGUACCCUCGGCAGGGCACCAGCGACACGGUCGAGGAGAGCGAGCUUCCCGAGCAUCCGGAGAAACUGUGGAGCAGCACCUCGGAGCUUCCCAGAGACAUCCCUCCCUCCUACAGCAGAGCCACGGGCCUGGACUCGGCCGGACGCUCCGAGGCCCGGAGGCUGAGGAUACAGACCCCCGAUGAAGAGAGGAGCGCCGACACGCUGCUGUCCACGAGCCAUCAGCUGACCGCCAGCGAGCUGCUGCAGAGCAGGCUCUUCUACGACGAGGACCUGGAGGCGUCCGAGUGUUUCUACCGCUCUCAGCCUCCGCUCCUGCAGCUCUGCUACGCUCUCUAUAACACGCUGGUGGCUCACUCAGAGAUGGUGUGCUAUCUGGUCAUCAUCCUCAACCACAUGAUCUCUGCGUCCGUGGCCACGCUGGUGCUGCCCAUCCUCAUCUUCCUGUGGGCCAUGCUGUCGGUUCCUCGGCCCAGCAAACGCUUCUGGAUGACGGCCAUCGUCUACACGGAGGUGACCAUAGUGAUCAAGUACUUCUUCCAGUUUGGUUUCUUCCCGUUUAACCAGAGCAUAGAGCUGGACAAAUCCAAACCCUUCCACCCGCCCAACAUCAUCGGCGUGGAGAAGAAAGAGGGCUACGUCCACUACGACCUGGUCCAGCUCCUCGCGCUCUUCUUCCACCGCUCCAUCCUGAAGUGCUACGGUCUGUGGGACGAAGACGUGCCCAGGACGUCUCACACUGAUUCAGACAGUGAAGAGAAAGCUGAGAAGAGCGCCGCUGACGUCUCGGCCGUCUCCACAAACACCCGUGUGCCCAGGAAGGCCGUCCACAGCAGCUCGGCGGUGCGGAGACAGAGCUCCAGCGUCUCUCAGCGCUCGGCCCGGUCCAGAGCAGGCAGCAGCGGAGCGAGGACGAGCGUUCGAUCUCUCAGCGCUCAACAGAAGAGCCGCAAGGAGCUGGUUGCGGAGAAGCUCAGAGAACAGCUGAUCAAAGCUAAGCGCUUCACCAUCAAAACGAUUCUGGAUAUCUACAUCCCCAUUCGGCAGUUCUUCUAUAACCUGAUCCACCCGGAGUACAGCGCCGUGACCGACGUCUACGUGCUCAUGUUUCUGGCCGACACCGUCGACUUCAUCAUCAUCGUUUUCGGAUUUUGGGCUUUCGGGAAACACUCGGCUGCGGCUGACAUCACUUCCUCUCUGUCGGAGGACCAGGUUCCCGAGGCCUUCCUGGUGAUGGUUCUGAUUCAGUUCGGCACCAUGGUGGUGGACCGUGCCCUGUACCUGAGGAAGACGGUGAUGGGGAAGGUCAUCUUCCAGGUCAUCCUGGUCUUCGGCAUUCACUUCUGGAUGUUCUUCAUCCUCCCGGGGGUCACUGAGAGGCGUUUCAGUCAGAACACGGUCGCCCAGCUCUGGUACUUCGUCAAGUGCAUCUACUUCGGUCUGUCGGCCUAUCAGAUCCGCUGCGGUUACCCGACCCGGGUUCUGGGCAACUUCCUGACCAAGAGCUACAACUACGUCAAUCUCUUCCUCUUCCAAGGGUUCCGCUUGGUGCCGUUCCUGACGGAGCUCAGGGCGGUGAUGGACUGGGUCUGGACCGACACCACGCUCAGCUUGUCCAGCUGGAUCUGUGUGGAGGACAUCUACGCUCACAUCUUCGUGCUCAAGUGCUGGAGGGAGUCGGAGAAGAGGUACCCUCAGCCUCGGGGACAGAAGAAGAAGAAGGUGGUGAAGUACGGCAUGGGAGGGAUGAUCGUGAUGCUGCUCAUCUGUAUCGUCUGGUUUCCUCUGCUCUUCAUGUCUCUGGUCAAAUCCGUGGCCGGUGUGGUCAACAAGCCGCUGGACGUGUCGGUCACCAUCACGCUGGGAGGCUUUCAGCCCAUCUUCACUAUGAGCGCGCAGCAGAAUCAGCUGAAGGAUGUCACGGACAGAGAUUUCAUAAGCUUCAUGAAUUCAUACAGACACAUUCCUAGCGCACUGCAGUUCUUGGAGGCGUAUACAGCGGAGGACGUGACCGUGGCUGAGCUGGAAGGAAGCUCAAACUCUCUGUGGACCAUCAGCCCUCCCAGCAGGAAGAACCUGAUGGACGUCCUGAGCAAAGAGGACCAGUUUCCUGUAACCAUGUCCUGGAGCAUACAGAGGAACCUGAGUCUGGGAGCAAAGGCUGAGUUUGCAAUGGACAAACACAUCACGUAUCUGGACAUGAACACCAGACAAGAGCUGAUAGCGUUACUCAACGGGACCAGGAACAAACCUGUGGUCAUAGAACAAGUAUUUCCCUGCUUCAUUCGAGCGCCGAGCGACUCAAACGCCAAACCGGUGGAUCAGCUUUACACAGACGAGGGCUACAAGAGCAUCCUCCUGGACCUGGAGAGGUCUCACAACGGCAGCGAAGACAUUCAGGAGUGGUGGAUUGUGGACCAGCCGUCAGCGGGGAAGAUCCAGAUGAGAUCCGAGUCCAAGCUGGAGAAGAAGAGAGAGGCAGGACUGCAGCUGUACGUCUUCAGCGAUAAAGUCAGUCCUCCCAGCCUGGGCUUCCUCGCAGGUUACGGGAUCAUGGGUCUCUACGCGUCCGUGGUGCUGGUGAUUGGGAAGUUCGUCCGCGAGUUCUUCAGCGGCAUCUCUCACUCCAUCAUGUUCGAAGAGCUUCCGUGCGUCGACCGCAUCCUCAAACUCUGCACCGACAUCUUCCUCGUGCGGGAAACCGGCGAGCUGGAGCUGGAGGAGGACCUGUACGCCAAACUCAUCUUCCUCUACCGCUCGCCGGAGACCAUGAUCAAAUGGACCAGGGAGAAGACCAAAUGAGCCUGCUGGGAUUGCCUUAAACUCAAAGACGGCGUUAAGACUGAGACAAACACGUCCCGAGAGGUCGGAUUGCUGAUACGGCGUGACCUACGGCCCUGAUUCGGUCUCUAUUCGUCAGCUCUAGCGCCACCUGUCUGUCUGGAGACCGGUUCGCCGCGCGUUGUGCAAUAUGCUGUCCUGGAAGCUGGCCGUAAACUUGAACAAAGAAAGGAGAUGGUGACUGAACACUAGCCACUUUUUUUCUUCAGAGAAGACGCUUGGGUUCGUAAGACAUUGAGCGGAGGACUGAAGGGUUCUCAGGAAAGGAUGUCACUUUACAGACACGUCCCUGUGAUUGUGGGUCAAUGUGAGCAUAAAGCACACUCUGGAAACCAACCGUUGUCUCAUUUGUCCGUCUUACAUGCAUUUCAAUGACCGUUUUGUAAGAAACUCAGAUGUAAAAAAUCAUAUUCUGUUUAUUCAGGUGUCGUGAAAACAUGCAAAUCCAGAAUGAACAGAUUGUUCCCUGCACAACAAGUAAACUGAUCGAGUUCCUC